AUGUACACUUACCUCGGUACUCUAAGUCUGUUGACAGUUUGGGUAAUAAUGGCUCAGAUCCAGCAAGGAGGCCCAGAUGAAAAGGAGAAGACUACUGCGUUAAAGGAUUUAUUGUCUAGAAUAGACUUGGAUGAACUAAUGAAAAAAGAUGAGCCACCACUUGAAUUUCCUGAUACUCUGGAAGGAUUUGAGUAUGUUUUUAAUGAAAAAGGACAGUUAAGACACAUAAAAACUGGUGAGCCAUUUGUUUUCAAUUAUCGUGAAGAUUUGCAUAGAUGGAACCAAAAGCGCUAUGAAGCUCUUGGGGAGAUCAUUACAAAAUACGUUCAUGAACUACUGGAAAAGGAAUGCCACUUGAAGAAAGUAACUCUCCCAGUUGAUGCAACUGAGACUGAACCAAAGAGCUUUAUCUUUAUGAGUGAAGAUGCAUUAACAAAUCCUGACAAGCUACUGGCCCUAAUUCAUGGUAAUGGCGUUGUCAGAGCAGGUCAGUGGGCUAGGAGACUUAUAAUUAAUGAAGAUCUGGACAGUGGCACGCAGAUACCAUAUAUAAAGAGAGCUAUUGAG